AUGUCACCACCAUCACUGGAUGAAAAUGCCAUGAAUCAGCUGCAAUCCCAGCAGUCUGAGCUACUCGACAAGAUUGAUGAGCUGCGCGCCAUUGGCGUUGGAGGCCUCGUGGAGCUGCCUCAGAUCAUUGUCUGCGGCAAUCAGUCCAGUGGAAAAAGCUCCGUACUGGAAGCUAUUUCCCGAGUGCGCUUUCCGACCAAGAGCAACAUCUGCACUCGUUUUGCAACCGAAGUUGCUCUUCGUCGAAGCCCUCAGACCAGGAUCAAAGUCUCUAUUGAGCCGGGGGAUUCACGAACCGACGAGCAAGAGCGACAGAAGCUCCGGGGCUUCACCUCUGAGUCCUUUUCCUCCAGCGGAGAUCUUCCCACGCUGAUCGACCAAGCCAACGAAUGCAUGGGACUUUCCAGCUCGACUCCCUCCAACUUCGGCUUCAGUGACGAUGUGCUCAAAGUCGAGAUCUCGGGCCCUGAAAAGCCAGAGCUCACCCUGGUCGACCUCCCGGGCUUGUACUACUCCAGCAGCAACGAGCAAAGCGCGCAGGGGAUGAAGAUGGUGCAGAGCCUAACCGAGAAGUACAUGAGGAGUUCGCGGAGUAUCAUUCUGGCUGUCAUCAGUGCCAGAAUGGACUAUCAUAUCCAGAAGGUCGUGAACCUCGCGGACUCUUUUGAUCCAAAGUAUGAGAGGGUCUUGGGUGUUGUCACGCAGCCUGAUAUCCUCGAGGCUGGGUCGGAGGAGCAAGAGAAUUACCUGCAAUACCUCAAAAACGAAAAGGUCAAGCUGCAACUCGGCUGGCAUGGGCUGCGCAACCGAUCCUUUGAGACGCGCAACGUUUCUGAUAGUGUGCGAGAUGCUCAAGAGAAAGAAUUUUUUGAACAGGGACGAUGGGCUUCUCUGCCCCGAGAACAAGUUGGAAUUGAAAGUCUGAGGCGCCGCCUCAGCACCAUCCUACUCGGUCAUGUCCGUCGCAAUCUCCCCGGGCUUACUGCGGACAUCCAUGAAAAGAUUCUUCGUGCGGAGCAGGCCCUGGCAAAAAUGGGCCCGCCGCGAGAAGCCCUCAAGGACCAACGUCAAUUUCUUCUCGAUAUCAGCAUCGACUUCGAGGGUAUCACAUACCAGGCCCUCAAUGGUUGGUAUGACGAAAAAAGUCCUUUCUUGGGACUCAACGACCAAGAAAAAAGUGAAAGGGUAUUUCCUUUUGGUCGGCUGCGCGCAGACAUUCGUGACAUGAAUGAUUGUUUCACUGGAGCGAUGUGUAUUCGCGGAAGCCGGAGAACCAUCCAUGAAGGUCAAUCCCCGCCUACCGAAGAUGUCAAGCAGGAGAGAUACAACCCGUACAUGGAUGAUUGGACACCCCAGUACAUCUCCCUGCAGUCCCUCGAGGAGGAAAUGAAAGUGUGCGCUCGCGACCAUCGAGGGGUUGAACUACCAGGUAACGCAAACCAGCUGGCAGUGAAGAUCCUGUUCCAGGACCAGAGUGAGCCUUGGGAAAAAAUUGCUCGGGCUCAUUUGUCCAAGGCGUGGGAUAUGGUUGCGCGCUUUGUCCAACAACUUCUGCACUAUCUGACGGAUGACCACACCUACCGCUUGCUCAUGGCGCGCCUCGUGUCCCCGGAAUUAAAUAAGAUGAAGGUAUCUUUGGAGGAAAAGCUAAGCGAAUUGACUUCUUACUUCAAAAGAGGUCCUCCACUGACCGGGGGGAAGGCAUUUUUCUCCAGGCUCCAGGAAUUCAGGAAGAACAGACAACUUGCAAUCUUGAAGAAAAAUCUCGGCUUUUCUGAAAUUUUCCUGGCAACGAAAAAGACCUUCGAUAUCCACGAUCUGGAACGAGUGGUCUCUGGGUUACACCCAUCUAGCGAUGAAUUUGCAGCAGCGGACAUUGUUUUUCAGAUGCAAGCGUACUACGAGACCGCAAUUGAGACUUACAUGGAUAAUGUCGCUAUCCUCGCAGUAGAGAACUGUCUUCUCUGCCCCCUGGAGAAAAUAUUCACCAGGCAGACUGUUCGUGAUAUGGAUGAUGAGCAGGUUCGAAAGCUCGCAGCAGAGCCCUUGGAUUUUCAGAAAAAUCGGAAACGCCUCAGCGAUGAACUCGAAAAGCUCCAAAAAGCAAGACAAACCCUGAAUGGCUGCAGCACAAAGGGCCCAUCGUUGCAGAAUCCUCCAAAUUCGGGUAAGAAACUCCCCACUCUAAGGUGA